CUUGCGUUUUACCCAAACGAGGUGGAGGAGGAGGAGGAGAAGGAGGAGGAGAAAAUUACCCCAGACCUGGGUAGGCCCCGCACCCCACAUCCCGUCCUGUUUGGAGAGGAGGGGAGAGAAAUAAACGUGGCAGCACUUAUAAGGCCAGUGGGGACGUCGGGAAAGGGCUCUGAGUCUCCCACAUCUGCUGUUUGCAUUCCUGCCAUUAAGAUGAAGGUCUAACUUAAGGAGAGAGAACCAUCCCUCAGCCCUUGGAGGUCUGUCUGCCUUUUGGGCUCUGCACAUCUACAGACGUGGUGGGAAAAAACACAUCACUCCUGAUCCUCUCUGGUUGGUUCUGCUUGGCUUGCUGUCUCUGCAGAAUUUGCACACCUGAGGCACAGAAGCUCACCUGGACUUACACACAUAUCGCUCAAGCAAAUCAGCUCCACUUUCUCGAUCAACAAACCACACUAAGUGCACCAUGAGCCGUGUCCGGGAUGCUGGCUGUGUCGCUGCGGGAAUAGUUAUUGGAGCUAGUGCCUGGUACUGUGUCUACAAAUAUGCUGGGGGAAGCAGCCAAACAAAGAAGAGGAUGCCCAAGCCCAAAAGCAGGGCUGUGGCUAGUAAUGGAGCCAGAGCUAGGGCUGGAAUUAAGGCUGGUUUCACAAUUGACCUUGGGCCAGGAGUCGGUCCUCCAACCCCAGUCCAUAUAGAGAUAGAGAACAAGGUGCAGGAUGAAAUCUCUGCUCUGGAAGCAUCUGGAACAGUGACAGUGGUUCCAACUGCUUCCACUGCUGAGGCUCAGAGUGGGUCAGAAAAUCAGGCCCAAGAGGCAGUAGGCCAGGUAAAGCCUAAAGCCAAAUCAGGAGUGGGGGCUGCAGAAUCCUCUUCAAUAACACUACUUGUAGGGCAUGCAGAGGCUCCCACAGCUGCAGAGGGCCCCACAGUAGCAGGUGACCCCAAACUGGCAGAACCUCCUAACACAGCUGAGGUUCCUGGGGCACCAGUAAUAACUCCUGGGGCAACAUUGCCUAUUGAAGCAGCAGUCCCCACUGAGGCAGUGGAGGCUUCCAUACCAGCAGUGCCUUCUGGAGCUGCAGUACCUACUGGGGCAGCAGCAACUUCUGGGGCUGCAGAGGCUUCUGGGACUUCAGGCUCCCCAAGGGCAGCAUCAUCCUCCAGGAGAACAACCCCUGGGGCUCAUACUGGGGCUAUACCUAAAACCGGGUCAGCAUCAGCAACUGGAGCUGUACCCAAAAGUGGGGCCAAGGGUGGAAACAAAUCCAGAAAUGGAGGCAAAAGUAAAAACAAGAGAAACAAGGUUGAAGUAGAUGAACUGGGGCUGGGCUUUCGCCCUGGGGAUGGGGCUGCAGCAGCUGCUGCAGCUUCUGCUAAUGGGGGCCAUGCUUUCUUGGCAGAGAUCCCUGAUUCUGAGGAAGGUGAGUCUGGGUGGACUGACACAGAAUCAGAGUCAGAUUCUGAGCCUGAGACCCAGCAAAGAGGGAGAGGUGGGAGGCGGCCAGUUGCCAUGCAGAAGCGCCCCUUCCCUUAUGAUAUUGAUGAGAUCCUGAGUGUCCGAGACCUCAGAAAAGUCCUUACUUUGCUUCAGAAAUCGGAUGACCCUUUCAUCCAGCAGGUAGCUUUGCUUACUCUGAGCAACAAUGCCAAUUACACGUGCAACCAAGACACAAUUCGCAAACUGGGAGGCCUACCAAUUAUCGCUAACAUGAUCAACAAAACUGAUCCCCACAUUAAGGAAAAAGCAUUAAUGGCCAUGAAUAACCUUAGCGAGAAUUAUGAAAAUCAAGGUCGGCUUCAGGUAUACAUGAAUAAAGUGAUGGAUGAUAUCAUGGCCUCUAACCUGAACUCUGCAGUACAGGUAGUUGGACUAAAAUUUUUAACAAACAUGACUAUUACUAAUGACUAUCAGCACUUGCUUGUCAAUUCAAUUGCGAACUUUUUCCGCUUGUUAUCUCAAGGAGGUGGAAAAAUUAAGGUUGAGAUUUUGAAAAUACUUUCAAAUUUUGCUGAAAAUCCAGAUAUGUUGAAAAAACUGCUCAGUACCCAAGUGCCAGCAUCAUUUAGUUCCCUCUAUAAUUCUUAUGUGGAAUCAGAAAUUCUUAUUAAUGCCCUUACUCUGUUUGAGAUCAUCUAUGACAACCUCAGAGCAGAAGUAUUCAAUUACAGAGAAUUUAAUAAAGGUUCCCUUUUUUACUUAUGUACUACCUCUGGGAUAUGCGUUAAGAAAAUUCGAGCCUUAGCAGAUCACCAUGACCUCUUGGUGAAAGUGAAAGUUAUAAAACUAGUGGACAAGUUCUGAUUGUCAAUGUAGUUUGUUAAAGACAUUAAGAAAUUUCUUGAUCUUGCUGUCUGGAAGCAACGAAAAUUGAAAGUCACUACAUUUCCACUUGUUUCUUUAGUAAAAGGAUUCUUUUCUGAUCCCAGUUUUGAGUAAUGUAUCAUCCAACAUUCUCCAGCUUUAAGCUGAACUAUUUUAUGAAUACCAAAUAAAUAGUCCUCUUGUAGCAAAAACACAUUUGUGACUUUAAUUGUGCUGCUUGGAUGGAAAUAUUUUUUACCGGUUCCUCUGUGAAUUGAUGGUGAACCUGUCCAUCAUGAAUAGCCAACCCUUCCAUCAUUUGUUUUGACUUGAAUUUAUCCACCAAAGAUUUCAUUUGUGUAUCAUCAAUAAAGUUGUAUGUUUCAACUGACAAAAA